AUACAACCUUCCAUCUCACACGUGGAACAGCAUGAUAUGACUCAAAUACUCAUAUAGGUUCCCUUCCUCUUACCUAGCUGUUACGACGUUCAUCUACUAUCUAUCGUUGUUACUGCGACGCUGGUCGUACUGGGGCGAUUCCCCCGAACUCACACCGGUCACGCGACAUCCGCAUCUAAAGUCGCCCGAGCGGCCUCUAUCCAGUCAGGAUGUCUACAUCCUCUAGCAAACGCGACGCCACCUCAGCUAUCAAAACCACCGACGAGAACACACCUCUCCUAACUCAAGUAGACCCAACACCCAUAGCAGAGGACCAAUCCAUCGACCCUUCAUCUCAGCAAGAUGACAUCGAAGAAGAAGACCAGGAUAAGCCGCUACCUAAAGCCCAGAUCUUCCUUCUGUGCUUUACGGUCUGUGUAGCGCCGAUUUCCUUCUUCUCCAUCUUCCCUUAUAUCAAUUUUAUGAUUGAGAGGGUGGGGAAUGUGGAUAAGGAGGAUGUUGGGUUUUACUCGGGCUUGAUUGAGAGCUUGUUUAGUGCGACGCAGAUGUGUGUUAUGAUUCUUUGGGGGAAGGCCUCUGAUCGAUAUGGGAGAAAGCCCGUGCUCGUCAUCUCAUUGUUGGGUCUGACGGUCGCCACUACUCUCUUUGGAAUGAGCCAGACCCUGUGGCAGAUGGCACUGUUCAGAUGUCUGGGUGGCGUCUUUGCUGGAACGGUUGUCACCGUCCGAGCCAUGAUAUCUGAGAAUAGCACAAAGCACACUCAAGCACGAGCUUUCAGCUUCUUUGCUUUCGCCAGCAACAUGGGUAUCUUCCUCGGUCCCCUGAUCGGUGGUGCCCUAGAACGCCCAGCAGACAAGUUCACAUCGACGUUCGGCAAGGUCCAGUUCUGGCAUGACUACCCUUACGCACUACCCAACAUCGUCGUCUCGGCCAUUGCCAUCUCUGCAGCAAUCACGACGAUACUUUUCGUCAAAGAGACUCUGCACGUCAAAGGCGACGGCAAGAAAACGAUCAAAUCUACCAUGUCUACUUGGGAGCUGAUCAACCGUCCCGGCGUCAUGCGAGUACUCGUCGUAUACAACUACGUAAUGCUCAUGGCGUUCACCUUCACAGCCGUCUUUCCAGUCGCCCAGUACACACCCGUCAAACUGGGUGGCCUCGGCUUCACCGCAGAGCUUAUCGCUGCAUGCACAGCGUUGAACGGAGUUUCCCAGGCUGCCUGGUUACUCAUUGUGUUUCCUAUGCUACACAAGCGCGUGGGUACUGGCUAUGUGCUCUAUCUAUGUGCAUCAGUCUGGCCGCUUCUGUUCGUCGUCGGUCCGGUAUACAAUUUCCUACUCCGGCAUGGGCAUACUACCAUCUUCUGGGUUACUGGACCACCCAUCAUCGUGCUUGCAAGCGGAGUGUCGAUGGCCUUUACCAGCGUCCAGCUCGCGCUCAACGAUAUAUCGCCCUCACACGAAACACUCGGUACGCUCAACGCCGUCGCACUUGCGGCCCAGAGUGGCAUUCGAUCCGUAGCACCGGCUCUUGCGACUAGUAUAUACGCUAUUGGAGUCAAGUACCAUAUUCUGGGUGGUCAGCUUUUCUGGCUUUGCCAGCUCGUUCUGUCAUUCGGCUUGUUUGGGCUGUUGAAGCUGCUUCCUGCGAAGGCUAGGGGAGACGUGAAACCGAAGCUGUUCAGCGGCAGUGCUUGAUUUAUGGUUCUGUAUAAAUAGAAACACUACUUCUGCGCAUGUCGUUAUGCCAACUGGUAUCGAAUUAAAGUAGGAGGCUCAUAUAUCCAUGAAUCUACUUUAAAUCGAGAGGAUGUUUCUAGGGCCAGUCGUAGUGUCGCUUGCGUGGACGGAAGCACAUUGCCCACAGUGAAGCAUCACAGGAAGACUUAAAGAACGAGGAUUAUCUUAGACUUACAAAGAAGCAGGUAUGAAGCUCACUCUAGACAACAGACAGAAGAUCUUCACAAGCGCUGUAAGGAUCGC